AUGGGUACUCCACCAAUACCAAUAGCUUACCGAUCCGGCACAUCUCUAGCAGUGCCAGAUUGGUUGAACAAUGGAGAUAAUGCAUGGCAAAUGAUAUCGGCCACACUGGUUGGUCUACAAAGUGUGCCAGGGCUUGUCAUACUCUAUGGUAGUAUUGUCAAGAAAAAAUGGGCUGUAAACUCAGCUUUCAUGGCUUUAUAUGCUUUUGCAGCUGUGGUAAUUUGUUGGGUUACAUGGGCAUACAAGAUGGCCUUUGGUGAUAAGCUCCUUCCCUUCUGGGGCAAAGCUGGACCAGCUUUAGGCCAAAAGUUCCUUUUGAAAUGGGCUGCACUACCUGAAACUACGCAGUAUAAUAGUACUGGUGGGGUAGAGACGGCUAUGGCUCAUCCAUACUACCCCAUGGCAACGAUGGUGUGGUUUCAGUGUAUGUUUGCUGCAAUCACUUUGAUACUUUUAGCUGGAUCUUUGUUGGGGAGGAUGAAUUUUAAGGCAUGGAUGAUGUUUGUGCCACUUUGGCUUACUUUCUCUUACACUGUAGGAGCAUUCAGUUUGUGGGGUGGUGGGUUCUUGUUCCAUUGGGGUGUCAUGGACUAUUGUGGUGGUUAUGUCAUUCAUGUUUCUUCUGGGAUUGGUGGAUUCACAGCUGCUUACUGGGUGGGACCAAGAUUGAAUAGAGACAGAGAGAGAUUUCCUCCAAACAAUGUAUUGUUGACAUUGGCAGGAGCAGGGUUACUGUGGAUGGGAUGGGCAGGAUUCAAUGGUGGAGGUCCAUAUGCAGCCAAUAUAGAUUCUUCCAUGGCUGUUCUAAACACCAACAUUUGUGCUGCUACUAGCCUCCUGAUGUGGACAUCGCUAGACGUCAUUUUCUUCAAUAAACCCUCAGUCAUUGGAGCCGUCCAGGGCAUGAUGACUGGCCUUGUUUGCAUCACACCCGGUGCAGGUCUUGUUCAAGGAUGGGCAGCUAUAGUGAUGGGAAUUUCGUCAGGAAGUGUUCCAUGGUUCACCAUGAUGAUAGUACAAAAGAAGUCAAAACUACUCCAAAAGGUUGAUGACACACUAGGUGUGCUCCACACCCAUGCUGUGGCUGGAUUACUUGGUGGAAUUCUUACUGGUGUCUUUGCUGAGCCUGAACUAUGCAACCUCUUUCUGCCGGUUACAAACUCUAGGGGAGGAGUCUAUGGAGGAAACGGAGGAAUACAAGUUGGCAAACAGAUUGUAGGUGGCUUAUUCAUCAUUGGAUGGAACCUUGUUGUCACAACUAUCAUCUGCCUUGUGAUAAAAUCGGUGAUCCCUUUGCGUAUGCACAAUGAUUUAUUACUUAUAGGGGAUGAUGCUGCUCAUGGUGAGGAAGCAUAUGCAUUGUGGGGUGAUGGAGAGAAGUAUGAUUCUACUAAGCAUGGCAAUUAUUCAGAUGAAACAGCGCACCCGAAGCUAUCAAUCGGUGCUACUCAGGAGGUCUAG